GCGGCGGUCCGGUGAGACUGGCUGGACAAGAAUAGGGCUCAUACAGUCAUACAUGUAUAUCCAUAUAUUGCGUAUAUAUUCAAGUAAUUUUUACUGGAUCUGCCCUUGCGAAAUGACACCUUUUUCUCCUACGGGAUCGGAUCAGGAUGUAGAUUCAUUGGACGCGCUCGAUCUUGCGGAAUCUGUUUAUGCCGAGGCUCAAUCGUUUCUGGAGUCACUACCCCAGAGACUUUCCAGCUGCUGCUGCGCGAAAUCUAGUGCCCUAAAAUGCGAAAUGGAUUUCCUUAAAGGACCUUUGCAUUCUGCAAAAGAAAUCCUCGACAUACUGAAUUCAUGCCCUUUGGAUGUUUUGGCUGAUCCGUAUAAUGAAACUGCCAUAAUGGAGUCUCUGUCUUCUCUAUCCGCCCACCUUUAUUUGUUCAGCGAUGAACGGGGCAAAGAAAUUGCGAACGUGAAAGCUACUUUUCCAGAGAUGAUUCAGGAAUGGAGAGUUUCAGUUCAAUGCAAGGGAAGAAGAAACGAACAUCCCUGGUCUAGUUUUGAAAAGACCCGAAAUUUGCUUGAAGGGUUGGUGAAAAAGGGGGAAGGAAUAAAGACCAAGUUAGAGAAGCUAUACAAGAAAGAAAGUGAAUUUGAAGCUCAGCUUGAGGCUAUUGAGAAUAGCAGUCGAUAUCUUAAGGAGGAAAGGCAGGAAUUAUUAAAUCAGAUAAAGAUGGUUUAUUCUCUUGCUGAAGAGGAGGCUGUGAACACUGAAGCAGAAGAGGUGGAGGUUGACCCGGCUAUUAAAAAGCUAGAGCUGAGCUUCAAGUCAAAGUGGGCUGCAACCAGGCUUCUCUUCGGUUGAGAAUCAUGGCCGGCCAAGGCUUUGUCUAGAUCCAAACUUACCUUUCCCGGCUUUUUAAUUCUAGAUCUUUAUCUGCUGUUAUGGGCUCGUUUGAGCGUAUUUGUGAGUUUCAACAUAAUCAGUGAGAGUUCGAAUCAUGUUGAGACUUAUUCAUAAAUGUUGUAACUGUUUGGGUUCUAGCUUCUAAAUGAGCAUAAAUGCAUAAUCAUUGUUGAUUAAA